AUGGGUAUCUAUACUUUUAAAGGACAACUUGUUAAUCGAUAUCCAUUAAUUUUAAAGAGUCUAUCUGAAAUACCAUAUCCUAAAUACAAUUGUUUAUUCAUUGAUGCUUCUUUAUUAAUUGUUAAAGGAAUUCAUGCAGGAGUUCAGACAGAAUUGCGUACAGCAAAUGCUCGCCAGUUGUUCAAUAAUGUUGUGCAUCUCGUGCAGCCAACAGAUUUAAUUUUUAUCGCUUUUGAUGGUCCAUUUUCUAAUGCAAAACAAUAUACAGUAUUAAACAGAAGAUAUGUUUAUAAAUCAAUGCCAAUCGAAACAUAUAAUCAGAUAUUUGAAGAUGAUCUAAAGAGUUGGAUUGAAGAACUUAUUAAUUUUGAUGAAUAUUGGCAGAAGCCAAGGGUCAUAUUUUCAGGUUCAAAAGUUCCAGGUGAAGCUGAAACAAAGAUCUUUGAUUUUCUUCGUCAAGAAAUACACAAACCAGAAUGGGAUCCAAAUAAACGCCAUUGUAUCGUGACAAAUGAUUCUGAUUUAAUCCUGAUGUCUUUGAGAUCACAUAUUCCGAAUAUUGACAUUUAUAACGAUAUAUACCAAAACAAAAUAAGGAACGGAAUGUUAGAGCCUUAUAAAUAUCAACUUACUUCGUGA